AUGGCGUACCGGGAGCUGGUGCGGCGCUGGCACGAGGGGGUGCGGGCGGCGGACCGCGGGCACUGGGACGCGGCCUUGGAGAGCUUCGGCGCCAUCCCCGACCCUCCGGCGCGGAUCUGCUUCAACAUGGGCUGCGUGCAGCUGCUUGCCCGGCGGCCAGAGGCGGCUCUGAGGGCCUUUGAUCAGACCGUGGCGAAGGACAAUUCCCUGGCUGUGGGCUACUUCCAGAGAGGGUUGGUCCACCUGCAGCUGGAAAUGUUUGAAGAUGCUCUCUCUGAUUAUCACAUGGCCUUCAGUCACUUACGACAGAAUCCCUUCAUCGAUUACAAGCAGCUGGGGCUGAGGCACAUCCUCUAUGCCUGGGAGGUGCUGUACAGCACUGCAGCAGUGCAGUGCCACCUGCAGCAGUGGCAGGAGGCCAGAGUCACCCUAGAGAAGGCUGUUGUGUGGAGACCUGAGAGAAGAACAGCAAUCUUGGACCUGGCCCUUGAGCGGGUGCAGGACCGCCUGUUUUUAGAGCCCAUGCAGGUUCCUCUUGGGGAACUUUUCAGACCACGGAAGAAGGAAGUUGAACAGUUGGAUUCCAAAGAUUUCCUGGGUAAACCCAAGGUGAUCUCGUCCAUCAUUCCCAAUGAUGAGUACAUUGGCUUUGAGCCUCUCAGGCCUCAGAAACAGGGCUUUUAUGAACCCAGUGCUGAUGCUCUGCGGGACAGUGAGGCAGGAUACCAUCGAGUCCUGUCCCAGUAUUGCCCCGAGCAGUCGGAGGAGCCGGUGGUGAAGGGCGGCAGUUUGGUGUUUGUGCUGAGCAGGGGAGCAGAGGGCUGGGCCACAGCCAUCCACGAUGGACAGAAGCUGCACAUCCCAAGCUCUCUCUUGGAGCCUGUCUCGAGGAUGGAUAAAUGGAAGAUCAGCAAUGGGAUCCCCCUUCCUCCUGCCCAGGUGCCUCCCAGCCGCCUGCAUGUGAAGCAGAAGCCAGAGCCUCCUGGGGGAGAAAAUGCCUUUGCCAGUGAUGCCGGUGCCCAGAUGGACUCCAAGAUCCCCCAGAGCCACGGAGAGGCCUCCCCGGGCUCAGCCAGGCCGGUGGUGCUGCGGGCGCGCUGCGAGUGCUCGGUGGUGCUGCGGGCGGGCGAGGCACCGGCCCUGCCGGCCCUGCGGGCACUGCUGCGGGAGCGCUUCGGGCAGCAGGCACAGCGGGGCACCCUGAGCUACAGGCACCCGGAUGGCACGGAGCUGGGGACAGUCUUGGGAGAGGAGGAUCUGGGGAGGAUAUGGCAGCAGCUGACAGAUGGCAGGGUGACACUCUACUGCCAGGACUCAGACUCCCACUCGGGCAGACCUGUUCUGUACCGGAUGCUGGCUCAACACUCUUACCUGGCACAGGGACCAGGAGACCUGGAGUUCAGCAAGGGAGAUGUGCUGGAUAUCCUCUCUGAAGUGAACGAGGACUGGCUGGAAGGAUGCUGCAAUGGCAAGACUGGCAUCUUCCCCAAAUGCUUUGCCACCCAGACCAGCUGUGGUGCUGCCUUCCUAUAGCAAACAGGAGCCUUUUCCUGCUCAACUGCACUCCCAGGAAUGGGAAACACCAAUCCCAGCUCAUUCAGGCCCCAGCCAGCCAGGGGCUCUGCUGAACCUGGACAAGGGAUAUCUCCUGCUCCCAGAUCCCAUGGGGUCAGUUCCAGCAGUCUGAUAGCAUUUCCUACAGCCUGUCCCCAGACCUUGUGCUUACACUGCCAAAGAUGUGUCUGUGCAGAGCAGAGAGAGGGAUCUGCUGUUUGGCUGUGGAAGUUGUCCAUGUGGCAGCUGAGAUCUCUGGGCUGGGAAGAUGUUCCUCUGGGUGGGAAGAGGUUCCUCUGGGUGAAGGUCUUCAUCCCCUCUCCCCUGUUGCUCACAUUCGGGCUGGGAAAGCUGAGCCUCACUCUAACAAAGCCAAGGAUGGCUGCCUGGGAGCAGGAGGCAGAGCCCUGUUCCCUGGGCUCU